ACCUUCCGACAGCGUUUCGUUGGUCGACACCACAUGGACUGCCGGAUGAAGAGAUCAACGUGGUACGCACAGAGCUGUUAAACCGAGGCUGUUGUCAUUUUUACAGUCCAUGUCUCGUGUAGGUAUUUAAUCGAAAUGACUGAAAGUAAAGCAGAGACGCUUUCUAAGCCGCCCAAAGAGCUGCUGGCUCUGAACCCCAAACAGGAGUCCGAGUUCAAGAAGAAGGUCCAGGAGGCGAAGAAGAAGCAGAGUAGCAAGGGGCAACGUUUGACUCCUGGAGUGAUUUAUGUCGGUCACCUGCCACUCGGACUGUUUGAGCCUCAGCUCAGAACUUACUUUGAACAGUUUGGCAAAGUCCUGAGGCUGCGGCUGUCCAGGAGUAAAAAGACAGGUGGAAGCAAAGGCUACGCGUUUGUAGAGUUUGACUGUGAUGAAGUCGCCAGAAUUGUUGCAGAGACGAUGAACAAUUAUCUCAUGGGGGAGCGACUCAUCAAAUGUCACGUGAUUGAACCAGAGAAAGUGCACGAGAAGCUGUUUGUUGGCUCCCAGAGGGAAUUUAAAAAGCCCUCCCAUCCGGCUGUAGCACGCUACAACAAGAAGCACACGUUAGAGGAGAUCGCCAAGACGAAAGAGAAACUGCUGCGGAAAGAAUCGAAGCUCCGCAAGAGACUCGCUGAAAAAGGCAUCGACUAUGACUUCCCUGGAUUCGCUGCCCAGUUGCCUCCAAAGAAAAUGUCUGACUCCAUCAAUGUUUCUACAUGUAGUGACGACACCACACCGGUCUGCACCCCAUCCCUCCUGGAGAGGAGGAAGUCGAUGGUCGUCAGCGACGAUGCAGAUGAUGAAAUUGUGCUGAAGAUGCCAGCCGUCGAGAAGGAUGAAGAGGGCUCCUCAGAGGAGGAGGAAGGUGGUGACAAUGAGGAGGACAAGUCGGAGAGUGACGAGCUGUCUGAAGAGGAGGCAGAGGAGAAGUGAAGAUCCAUCUUCACUUCUUUUAUAGACUGGCUGGGUACAGAUGCAUACAUCUGGAUCAUGUAUGGACAACUUUGAACUGUGUUCUGAAGUCACAGUGUGUCUGUCGGUGUGUGGAAAUCACAGUACAGUUGAAAAAGGAUCUCUAAUGGAGACUCCACCAUAAUUGUUAGUGAGCACUGGAUGGUGCUCGAAACACCACACUGAGCCUGGUUUACAGGCAGCAGUUGUGCUUGGACUUCUUUUGACAUAUGGCAAAUGUAUAUUUAAGUCCUGGAGCAGGUGUUUCCUUUGCCAUAAAGUCUGUUGAACCUAAACAGAACAGGUUUUUUUGUUUUAUGAUCUAAACGUGUGGUUUAAUUGUGCUUUGUAAACUAUAUGAUCUAUAAAAAUAAAUGAUUAAAUACUCUUGA